AAAAGUCCGUUAGGCGAGGACGAGCGGGGCCGAGGCCCCAUGUGCAGAGGUGAUCUGUGGAGGCUCGGCGGUGCAGUGGGAAGGGAGGUGACCGCCGUUUAGCCUAGACGUGUUACAGUUCAUCGGGAGGCAGUUCCAGGUUUCCAGUUCUGCGAAUAUUUCAACGAAAUUGACACAGAGAGUUAACAAAGAAAGUUUCUGAAUCUUUCACUGGCAAGGGGAUUUCUCACAGCUUCUAGCUAUGCGUCUGUCUGUACUGCUGGCUUUGGCGUCCAAGGUCACUCUGCCCCCUCACUACCGCUAUGGGAUGAGCCGCCCAGGCUCCCUGGCAGACAAGAGGAAGAACCCCCCAUGGACCAGGAGGCGCCCUGUGGUUGUGGAACCCAUCUCUGAUGAAGACUGGCAUCUGUUCUGUGGGGACAUGGUGGAGAUCCUAGAAGGCAAGGAUGCUGGGAAGCAAGGCAGAGUGGUUCAAGUUAUCCGGCAGCGAAAUUGGGUAGUCCUAGAGGGACUGAACACACAUUUCCGCUACAUUGGCAAGACGAAGGAUUCUCGGGGAACCAUGAUCCCUAGUGAAGCCCCUUUGCUCCACCACCAGGUCAAACUUGUGGAUCCUGUGGACAGGAAACCAACUGAAAUUGAGUGGAGAUUUACUGAGGCAGGAGAGCGGGUACGGGUCUCCACAAGAUCAGGAAGAAUUAUCCCCAAACCUGAGUUUCCCAGAGCUGAUGGCAUUGUUCCUGAAACAUGGAUUGAUGGCCCCAAAGACACAUCAGUGGAAGAUGCUCUAGAAAGAACUUACGUGCCUCGUCUAAAGACACUGGAGGAAGAGGUGAUGGAGGCAAUGGGGAUCCAGGAGACCCGGAAACACAAGAAAGUCUAUUGGUAUUGAGUCUAGGGAAAGCAGCUUCUCCUGCUUUUAUCUUAGCCUUGAAGGCCAAGGCACUAUUCUCAGACACCAAUAAAGUGCCAUUAGUCUUCCGACA